CAGAUGCCGCCACCCCGGAGCCUCCCACGCAGUCUAGCCAUGGUUAACCCCACCAUGGUCGACAUCGCCGUCAACGGCGAGCCCUUGGGCCGCGUCUCCUUCAAGCUGUUUGCAGACAAAGUUCUAAAGACAGCAGAAAACUUCCGUGCUCUGAGCACUGGGGAGAAAGGCUUUGGUUAUAAAGGUUCCUGCUUUCACAGAAUAAUUCCGGGAUUUAUGUGCCAGGGUGGUGACCUCACACGCCAUAAUGGCACUGGUGGCAGGUCCAUCUAUGGGGAGAAAUUUGAUGAUGAGAAUUUCCUCCUGAAGCAUACGGGUCCUGGCAUCUUGUCCAUGGCAAAUGCUGGCCCCACCACAAAUGGUUCCCAGUUUUUCAUCUGCACUGCCAAGACUGAGUGGUUGGAUGGCAAGCAUGUGGUCUUCGGCAAGGUGAAAGAGGGCAUGAAUAUCAUGGAAGCCAUGAAGCGCUUUGGGUCCAGGAAUGGCAAGACCAGCAAGAAGAUCACCAUUGCUGACUGUGGACAAAUCUAAUAAAUUUGACUUGUGUUUUAUCUUAACCACCAGACCAUUCCUUCUGUAGCUCAGGAGAGCACCCCUACAUCCCCAUCUGCUUGAUAUAUCCUAUAAUCUUUGUACUCUCACUGCAGUUCUUUGGGUUCCAUAUUUUCCUUAUUCCCCUCCAAGUUUAGCUGAAUUGAAAAGUUUAGGAUUAUGAAAUAAAAACU